UCAGUUUUGCAUUCGCGCAAUUGAAUUGGCCAAUCAGACGAAUGUGAGUGAAGUUACACAACAUUUAUCGUUAUCAAAUAUCGAUAUUGGAUGUUUAAUGUUAAGUUAUUUGCAGAUAAAAAUGUCAAAUCCUCAAGAAAACCAAAACGAAAACAAAAGUGAAAUUGAUCGAUGCAUAGAAUUAUUGCGUCCAUCUUCGUCGGAUGAUGCUAAAUUUGUCGCGCUUAUGCUUUUACCGCGACUUUUGAAACAGGAAAAAGAAAAUGUGAUACUUAUCUUUGACGCGAUGGAUUUCAAGUUUUUGGAGCGCUUAAUGAGAACUGAGAGUGUAAACGACGACAACCUACCAGACUUUACUUUAAAAUCAAUAGCUGUUAAUAUAUUAUCUUGCUUUUGCGCAACUGACGAACUUUUAAAUAGAAAACAGAUUCAUUCUCGUGUUCCAACUCUUGUGUCUCUUAUAUCUCCAAAUAACGAAGAGCUAACGCGAGAUAUCUUAGGGAUACUUCUUAGAUUAUCAUCCGUAAAUCAAGGUUUGAUUUAUAUUAUAGAUGACAAAUUUAUAGUUGAAAUACAGGAACUUGCUCUAAAUGUGAUUUAUUACACUACUAUCGGUGUGAUCACAUCAAUUUCAAAGGAUCAGAGUUUUCCUGAUUCUAAAGCAAUUGUUCAAAGAUAUAUCAUUAUAAUACUUAAACAACUGUCAGAAAUAUUUCGAAUAAAUCAAGAUAAAAUUAAGUUUGAUUUACUUCAAUUUUUUGUUAACAUAUUUACACGCAUGUCAGAUCAGGCAAUUAAUGAUAAAUCACAAACUAGCAUUUGGCUUAAGAAUUUUAGGCAUGGCUUACUAGCAAUUUUAAGUAGCAAAUUAGGGAGUGAACAACGUGAUAAGGCACUGUCUCUUGUCAUGUUACUUCUUCAUCACUUUGGAACUAUUUCAUUAUUAGCUCCUGUUACAUCAAAUCUUACUUUGACUCAGAUAUCAAAAAGUGCGGCGAGCGAUAUUGAAAAUGAAUUUAAAUUUUCAGCGUUAUUGGCACAAUUAUCAUGCAUUGAAAUACGAUUGAUGUUGGAUGAGUUAGAACAAGAAAAAAAGAAUGACAAACUUAACGAACGUCUUGAUGUGAUGUUACCAGCAUGUUAUACUAUUUUGGAAAAAUCGAUCGAGUAUCUAUCACACGUUGAAAAUUUACUAGAGUCACAGGAAAAAGUAGAAACAAAUCGAGUAAAGUUAGAGCCCGAUGUUUUACUGCGAUUAAGGGGUACUAUGACGGAAACAUUUCGAGCCAUAAUUGAAUAUUUAGUAGACGUUAAAGAAGGAGGAAUUUCUUACGAGGCCGCUGUGAAAGAUGAAAAAAUCUUAGCGAGUAUUCGUGUCCUUUCUGCAUGGCUCGCCGAAGAAUGUUCAUUAGAAAAAGAAACCUUGGCUGUGUUGCCAUUUUUAAUUGGCAUUUAUAAUUACUG